ACCGGUGCUAAAGUGCGGCUUUAACGCAAACGGCGGCCGUUCCCCUUCCUCCGCGGCUCAGGUUUGACCUCCGGUUCGGUCGCUGCUCACCGUGAACCCGAUCGGUUCGUCAGCGGGGACGCGGUGAAGAUGGACGGCUGGAAGAUGGGCAUCGGUUCCCUCAGUGAAGAAGUUUUAAACAAGCUGUCGAAGAUGCUGGACAACCCCACCCACGGAUGGAGGCAGCUGGCCCACGCAGCGUCGGAGCAGCCGAAAUUCCGCUGCAGUGAGAAGGAGCUGACCAGCUGCUCCCUCCAGGUGCUGAGCGCUGCCGGCAGCCCAGGUCGGACCCUCCUGGCCUGGCUAGCUGACCGCUCCUGCUCCCUGGACUUCUUGCUCCACUGCCUGAGGAAGAUUGACCAUCAGGAUGCUGUGCAGUUCCUCAGUACCACAGUGGCCGAGCUGAUCCAGAUCACGGUGCAGCCUCAGUCCCAGCAGGCCACAGCGGGCAGCAGGGUGGUGUUGAUCUGCAGGGCUUCUGGUCCUCCAGGACUCAGCUACCAGUGGUUCAGAGGCAAAGAGGAGAUUUCGGAUGAGACAGGCAGUUCGCCGGAGCUGGUUCUGUGUCCUCUCAGCCAGGCCCACCAGGCUCACUACAUCUGUCGGAUCAACCACGGAGAAAACUGCGUCUUCUCCCGGUGGGCUCAUGUUGGCUUGGCCUCUGCAGGCUCUAGUCCAGGCUGCAGCAGCACUCUGUUUCCGGGCUCUGUUAGCGGGCUGCGUAUCGUCCAUCAGCCUCGGUCUCAGGCAGCCUCUGAGGGCGACACUCUGCUCCUGGAGUGCAGCGCAGAGGCCAACCCGCCCGCUCAGUAUGAAUGGUACCACAACACAGCGCCCAUGCCACAGCACAGGACGCGCUCACUCCAAAUCCCGUGUGUGACCACAGAGCACAGAGGCGAGUACAGAUGCAAGGUGUUCAACUUGUACCAUCAGACUUGGAGCGACACAGCAACCAUCACUAUUGGCCCAAGUUCCGUCACCGAUGCCUCCUGGGUAGAAGUUGAUCGUGGUUUAGAGUCACAAGAAGUCCACAGGUCAACGUUCGGAGCAGGAAUACAUCCGCUUCGACAGAUGGCCAGUCCGCCUCAGCCAGCAAAACAGCUUUAUGCGACAGACAAAGUUGCUCUCCUGAUUGGCAACAUGAACUACGUCUACCACACUCAGCUGUGCGCUCCCAUUUCUGACGUCCACGAGUUGACCAACCUUCUGAGACAAAUGGACUUCAAGGUGGUUUCUCUGCUCGACCUCAACUGGCAGGAGAUGCACAGCGCUGUCACCGAGUUCCUGCUGCUGCUUGACAAAGGAGUCUAUGGCCUGCUGUAUUUUGCUGGUCACGGCUAUGAGAACUACGGCAACAGCUUCAUGGUUCCCAUCGAUGCUCCGGAGUCCUACACCUCCGAGCACUGCCUGUGUGUUCAGAAUAUACUCACCAGGAUGCAGGAGAAGGAGACUGGACUCAAUGUGUUCCUGCUGGACAUGUGCCGCAAAAGAAACUUUAAUGACGACGUCAUCGUCCAGCCUGGACUGCUGAAGGUGACGGCGAACAUCGUGUUUGGUUAUGCCACAUGUGUUGACGCCGAAGCGUAUGAGGUGAAGAGGGAAGACGUGUCGAAUGGCAUCUUCAUAAGCUUCCUCAAACGACGGGUUUGUGAAGAUGAGAAGGUCACUGUCAUGUUGGACAGAGUCGCUGAAGACAUGGGUCGCUUUGAGAUCACACGGGGGAGGCAGGCUCUGGAGCUUCGCAGUAAUCUGUCUGAGAGACGUUCGCUCACUGACCACAUUCAGACUGCUGACUGUUCUGCGUCCUACAAAGCCCGAAACCUGCAGUGGGCUGUUGCUCACGUGCUGCCUACGAGCCACUGCCUCCAGUUCGACUGUGGAGUGAAGGUUCAGCUCGGCUUCGCGGCAGAGUUCUCCAACAUCAUGGUCAUCUACACUCGGAUACUCGAGAAACCCAAAGAAAUCGUUUCCUGCUCUGCUCAGCUUACUGAUUUCCCACAAAGUGUGGACGUUGAUCUGAAGAAGAGUAAUCAGGAGAGUCUGCUGGAAGCCGGCAGCUUGUUGCUGAUCAAGGAGGAUCUACCUUCACCGGAGGCUCCCAGUCUUUACACUCGCAUCCGCGGCCUGCAGAGACUCAGGACGGAGCUCACGUUCACUGUCUGCCUUCAUUACAUUUACUCCAACAUGGAUGAAGAAGUGCAAGAGAGGCAGCCGGUAACAAUCGGCAAACCGCUGGUCUCCAAACUCAACCUCCACGAACCGCGGCCGGAUCGCGUCUGCUCGGCCUCCUCGUCCUUCGGUCUCGACUCCUUCAACCUUCCCGAGUGCUCCUCCUUCGCUGAGGGAUUCGCCUCCGUCAGCUCAGCUUCAAACACGUGGUCGCAUUACGCAGAAACCGACAGAGCUUCCUCCGGCGCCGACUGUCAGGCUUCACCCAGGGGCGCAAAUGUACCGGAGGAGACUGACUGUCCGGACUUGUUGGAUUCCCCUGAGUCCCUUGUUGCUGGUAAAAGUUUGCCUCACAGUCAAGUAAAUGACUUAAACUACAAAUUUAGUGACAUGUGCAAUUUCCACUCUUAUUAAGCAUCAUGAAGCCCAUAAUUUAACUGGUGAGUGUUGAGAGAUCAGAGCAAGGCCUGUUGCUCAAAGGGAAUCCAAAGGAAGCUGUGGAUUUGUUGGGUCUAAAUUUUGUCUUUACCUUGUUAUGUAAAGGGCCUUGAGAUUAUAUAUGUUAUGAACUGGCGCUAUAUAAAUAGAAUUGAAUAUAAUUUAAUUGAAUCAUAAAAAUGACAAAAGGGGGAAAGACUGUGCAUUUGCCUUAUCAGUAAAGCUGGCACAGACCUCAGAUCACUGUAUCAGUGGCGUUUUUAUUCUUUGGUGUCCAUAACUAUAAACCUGGAUAUAUAUAUAUAUUUUUUGGGGGGGUUAUUUUUGUUUUAUUUAUACUAUAACAUUUAAAAUAAGUAGCUCUGGACCUGUUCUGAUCAUGCAUUAAAGCUUUUGAAAAUAUUGUGACAUGCUUGUAGUUGAUCAUAAAUCUUGGGAUAUCAGUUUACUCUUCAUAAAAGUCUGAUUUGUUUUUUGAAAGUUGUCUCACAGCAGGAUAUUUAAGGCACUGACGUUAUUGUGCAUAUGGACGCUUCCUAUAACUUCAUAUAGAACGUGACUUUUCCAAUCAUUAAACAAAAUAUAGCAAUAAAAGCACCGUGUAUUGUUUGUUGCUAAGCUAUUAUCACGCUUUGGGCAGAAUUUACUGUGUUUUUGUCAUCAACACACUCAGCAGAUUUUCUGUUUGUUAGUUUUUUAUUCUGGGUAUUUUGUUGUGUGACUUUAUGGAUGAACUUUUUCUCCUCACCAGCACCUGCAUACCUUCUCCUGCACUGUUCUAUUAAAUGAAAUAUAUGAAAACAAGGCACACCUUUACGAAUAUACGGCUCUGGAAAUAAUUAGAUCUCUAUGACCACUGUUUUCUGCCUCUACCUUUGUGGUUUUUGGAGGAGCCAUACAACUUUUCUUCUUAAGGUUUCUGUUUCUAAGCUUGUUCGCGACGACUGUUUCGCUGUAUUUCUUUCAUUAAAGUUAAAAUCUAAAUAUUCUGGGUCAUCCUGUCAACACGGAUAAUUAUUUAAGGUCUGUUUAGCUUUUGUCUUCAUUGUGUUAAGUUUUUGUAAUGUUUUAGAAUUGUUUUUGUAUUUCUGAAAUAAACUGGAAAGUAAUUACACUGCAGAUCUAACUUUUCCUUCAAAAAUAAUUAUUUAGACUCUUUUUAAUGGGUGUCAGGAAAAAGUUUGUCAUCACUGAAUGUAAAGAUCUCUGUCCUUAUAGUUGAAUAUUUGAUUGCAGAGUGUUUUGAUCAAGGUGUAAACUGUAAAACAUUUUUAGUUUAUUCAGCAAAGUUCCCAUGCUGCCUUAUAAAUAAAAUAAAAAACAAAU